AUGGCACGUGAUAGUGAUGUUAUUUUAUUAUCUCUUGCAGACGAAGGGCGUGUUGAUUUAGACAGUAUAAUAGUACCGAUAUCAUACAUGAGACGAGAGACACCGUACAGUACUAUUGUUUUAUUUGUUGAAAAUGGUUUGUAUACAAACAAUACAAAAUUCUUUAAUGAAAUGAAAGAAAAAUUAAGGAUUAAUAUUGAAAAAUUUGAUAAACCAAAUGUCCAUAUUGCAAAUUAUCGAAUAAAACUAUAUUACGAAUAUCUUAAAAAUCAUAAAUUCAAUCGAGUGAUUCAUUGUGAUAUCUCUGAUAUUUAUUUUCAAAGUGAUGUAUUUAAAUAUAUUCCAGAGAAUGGCAAACUCGUUAUGUUUAAAGAAGGAUGUAACUCAAUUAUUCUUAUGAACGACCAAAAGAAUUUACAAUGGUACAAAGAAUGUUAUCCGAAUUUAGAUGGUUUAGACUCAACAAAAGAGAUUAUUAAUGCAGGGAUUGUAUUAGGAGGAUAUUAUCAAAUGUUAAAAUAUAUGGGAAUAAUAUGGAAUUUAUUAGAAACAAAUAAAAAAUGUGACAUAAGUACAUUUGGUCCUGAUCAAGCAGUAGUAGAAUAUGCAUACCAUAAUGGAUUACUAAAACAAUUAAUUAGUAAAGUAGAAUCAGGUCCAGUUUAUUGUAACACUCAUCAAUUUAAAUACAAAGGUGGUAAUUAUCUUAAUUAUGGAGUAAUGUAUGAUAGUUAUGAUUGUGUUGUACCAUUUAUUCAUGGAAGACCACCUUAUUAUCCACAAAAGGUGAUUGAUUUUGAAAUUUCUCUAUAUCGUGAAAAUAUAUCAUAA